AUGCCCUGGUCCACAAAGAUAUGUCAGUUCUGUCGGAAGCGAUACGCCAACAAAAGAGCGCUUUAUAAUCACCUAUCUGAGUACAUUGGCGCCUGGCGUCUUCCAGCCGAUGGGAUCCACGAUGUCUUGCAGAUUGAGCAGGUCAUCCGCCGCCUUUAUCCUUCGGCCUACGAGGCCGAUGAAGAUCGCAAAUACAGAUGCUGGACAUGUUGCAAGAUAAUCACGUCGCGUCGGCGGUUUACUGAGCAUGUUAUUUAUCGGCGCCAUUGUGGAUUCGACCCUGAAUCAUGGACGGGAAGAGGCAGUAUGAAUCUCCGCAAAUGGUCCCUCCCUUUUGACGAGGACACUGUUCUUCUCCGUGAAGAUCCAUUUCCAUUUCUCCGUCUCCCCGGGAAUACUGCCUGUCCAGAGUUGCGAUUUAUGGUCUACGGAUUUCUUCUCUGUUUCGAAGAGGUUCAUUUUGGGGAAUACCUGCGCUAUACAGACAUUGAUCCCCACAGAAGUGGGCUCUGGCAGCAGUAUAAUCCCGACAACAAUCUACUGGCCAUUAUGUCUGUAAGCCGUCAGAUUUAUGAUGAAGCCCGAUGGACAUUUUACACUGGAAACAGGUUCUCAUUCGAAUCGUUCGACAACCUCCCCGUUUUCCUGGUCGGAAUCGGAGUCGAAAACGCCAUGCUCUUGCGAUCAGUGAGCUGCAAGGACAGAUCGGAAAAGUUCAAAGACUACACAGAUCACAUUCAAUCGUGUCUAAGGCAGGCGGCCACGACGGGAGACACGUCAACUGGGGACCUCUACAUCCCGCAUAUCGAGGACCUGUAUCUGAAUCUUGCAAACCAAGACGCACUGAGACCUAACAUCUUGCCUUUUACUGGAAUGAUAAUCGUCGCUUGCUACGUCCGGACAUUACUAUUGACGCAGAAAGAAGCGACGAGAUCUCAUAUAGCGUCAAAGAACAGCUGGCUGAUCAACCUGACCUUCGAGAAUUGUUCCAUUCCAAGAGUGUUCCCAGCUCCUGGCCGGUACACCUUCCUUUCCACCUCCGCAAUGGUCCCCGUCCGCCGAGCUCUCGUUCCAGGUGACACAUCGGGUCCUGGUGGUAAUAUUAGUGCCUUCACAGUGCACACCCACCGCCUUCGGCUUACGGGUGCUACGGCGGACGGAUAUGGCCAAAUGAUCAAAACUGUUGAAAACCAGGAUGCCUAA